GUCUCUCUGCCUCAGCCUCCUUGGUCUCUCUGGCCUGGAUGAUAGCAUCCUACCAGAAGACUCUGAGGGACUCCAGAGAUGACAAGCUGCCGAUGUCCUACAAGGCUGUGAUUGUUCAGAUGCUGUGGCACUUCUUCACCAUCGGGGCCAGGACCAUCGUCUUCGCCCUGUUCGCCUCCGUGUUCCAGCUCUACUUCGGGAUCUUCGUCGUGAGUCACUGGUGCAUCAUGACGUUCUGGACCAUCCAGGGGGAGACAGACUUCUGCAUGUCCAAGUGGGAGGAGAUCAUCUAUAACAUGGUAGUGGGCAUCAUCUAUAUCUUCUGCUGGUUCAACGUCAAGGAGGGCCGCGCCCGUUUCAGGAUGUGGCUCUAUUACUCAGUGACUCUGGUAGAGAACGUGUCCCUCACCGCGGCGUGGUACCUUUACCGCGGGCCGAACACCUCGGACUUUUACGCUCUCAUCGUGGUGUGUGUUGUGGUUUGUAGCUACGCUCUGGGAACCUUCUUCAUGUUGGUGUAUUAUUGUCUCCUGCACCCUGACGGGCCGGUGUCCGGGGCUCAGUGGGGGGGGUGUGUGGAGGAAGGGGGGUUGAUGGUGGAGUCCUGUGUGACACCAGCCGAGGCAUCACCCCUCCCCCCUCCAGAUGUGGUCACCAGCCCCCCUAGGACUCUAACUAGGACUGCAGGUGCGGACCGGGGCGAGGUGGUACAAAGUGAUCUAGCUGUGUUCCAGGUUAGAUCCACCACCACUACCUCUCCAGGCCUGACCCUUCGGACCCUCAGGACCGAGGGGCCAGUGAUCCGGAUAGACCUGCCCAGAAAGAGGUACCCUGCCUGGGACGCUCACUUCAUUGACAGGCGGCUGCGGAAGACCAUCCUUGUCCUGGAGAACACCUCCCCGGUCACGCCAAGGAUCCAGUACCGCAGUCUGAGCAAACCCAAGGAGGUCAUGGAGUAUGAGACUACUGUGUAAUGUAACGUAAUCUAGCUACACUACCUCCACCAGGUCAGCAGGGGGCUCCACCAGCCAGGUGAAGAAAAGAGAAUGAACCAUGGUGCUCAGCUCUUAUCCUCCUGUGGAAGUAAAUUAAAGGGUGCUUGGAGACAACAGUGUAUACUAUAAGUGUACCCUACUCCCUCUGUGGGAAGGGGAGACGAGGGGAGACGAGGGGAGAC